AUGACGACAAUGGAGUCCAGAAUUCCUCGUCGGCGUGCAAAUUCUGCAGAACCCAGGACAAAUUAUUUCGUGCGAAAACUUUCCAAAUUGGUUUUAAAUGAAAGCAACCUUCAAAAUACCUCUCGUCUCAAGGAUUUUAAUAUGAACCGCAGAUUGUCUACACAACAGCCGAAGUUUACUAAUCCUUUCGCUCGUCUGGAUUUUCGGAAAAAAAGGAAGAAGACUACUAAAGUCAAAGUUCCACCAUUGGAUUUUCCCCAGUCGUAUACUGAGUUGAUUUUGGAACUUGCCUACACAUCAAACUUAACACGUCAAGUUAUUCGACCAUUUAAUCGUUGUCAUUUAAUAAGUCAAUUAACUGAAUGUGCACGCUUGAUUCGUGGACGUAUUGCAUCUGGUGCUGCAUGUAUCCAGCUCCCUUUACUAGCCGAUUCCAAAAAGGAUGAACAACGUAUGAGUGACAAUCGAAUGAUUAUGGUAAAGAUUAAUCAGUUCAAUGAAGCACAUGCGUUAUUUACUGAUUGGAUUAAUAAGCUUUCAUCGGCUCCAUUUGUAACUAACACAUUUGGUCCAACAGUUGUUCAACCUUGUGAUGAAAAUAGUCCUACAAAUCAACAGAUUCUACUAUCAAAAUCAAAUUAUUCUAUACAGGAUGCUAAUUUACUACAAGAUUUACAAUGUGAUGGUGAAUUGUUAUUCUGUCAACUUCAAUCAUGUGCUUUGGCUGUGUUUGAAUUACUCAAAAAUGUUGGCUACACCACGUUUGUUGAACCAUCAUGUAUGGAAGCUUCACUGUAUAAAAGUUGCUAUGCACAAAAUGAAUCAACCCUUACUCAUUUAAACGAAAAUGGUCAUGAAAUUAAAAACAGUGGUACCGAAAUUCUUAGUCAUUCUAAUUCGUAUAACAACACAUCAAUAAAAGUUCAAGUGUGUUCACUGAUGAAGAUCGUGAACUUCUAG